AUGUUCAGAUCCCCGUCCGAGAUCCAAGUCACCUCUCGCCAAAUCCCCAAAUGGGAGCGAAUCCCCAAUACCUCCAUCCAAUCCAAGCCCCUCCUCAUCUAUCACGGAGCAUUCAACGCCUCGCCAUCUGAGCUGAAAAUUCGUUUCAAUAGCAUUGGGGUGGUCGAACCGCAAUGGGUAUAUGGCAUGUUUCCCCAGUCACACUUCCACUCCACAACGCAUGAAGUCUUAGGGGUUGUCUCGGGAACCGCUCGUCUGUGCUUUGGUGGGGAAGGGAAUCCGGACAGGUUCGAGCCGACUGUUAAGAAGGGGGAUUUGAUGAUUGUUCCGGCUGGUGUCAGCCAUCGGCUUCUUGAUGAAUUAGGCAGUGGGGAGAGCUUCAAGAUGGUUGGCGCAUAUCCGAAGGAUAAAGAUUGGGAUAUGUGUUAUGGAAAACAGGGGGAAGAAGAGAAGGUCAAAGAUAUUGAAAGGGUGGUUUGGUUCCAUAAGGACCCUUUGUUUGGUGUAGAUGGGCCGGCGUUGCAUGUUUGA